AUCGAAUUGCUGACCGCAUCAUGGCCAAUGAAAAUCCACCUCGAUCACUGCUAGUUGGACGCUUGUCGAAUCUCCAAGAAUUAUGGGAAAGAUGCAGGGCGAAUCACACAUUGUUGCUGUCGAAUUCGCUUCCUGAAGCCGAUGUGGAUGACCAGGAGGGGCCAGACCCAGAUACUUACGAUCCGGAUUCUUUCGCCAGGAUGGAGGAAAACUACGAAGAGGUAAUAGACUACAUUUUAUCACGCAUCCCGGAUACGGAGCCUGGUUCGACGUCUCAUGGUAAUGAAGCUAAACAGAUUAUCAAUAGACAAAUUGCGCCUGCACUCAAGCUUCCCAGCAUUUCGAUUCCGGUCUUUUCGGAAUCUGAAGGAUCGGACGUCAGAAAGCUUGAAAGUCCCUCUUGACUUCUAACAAUGUCGUAAGACGAAAGGUCCAAAGACCGGCACGAAGGCAAGUUGUAAUUUAUCAACGUUGUAAUUUUUCAAAUGAUUUCACAAGCAUUUCAAAGAUCUCACAAGGAUUGCACAAAGAUUUUAAAGAUUUCAAAAUAAUGUCCAGGAUUUUAAAGUUUUCACAAGGAUUUCAAACAUCUCACAAGGAUUUCAUAAAGGCGCGUAAAUCAGAUUUCAAACGAUUUUAUAAAGAUUA